GCACAACCUUUGAACCACUCAAUGGGAUCACUGCCGUGAUGCGUUCUCAUCAUUAUAUCACUACUAUGGUACCCCUGGUACUUUAUCCCCCGGGGUCACCACCACCGGCUUCUCCGGAUAUCCGCUUGACUACUGCAACCUUUCAGACCCUUCCCUCCUCGCGAGUUCUCGUCCUUCCUACCUAAUACUUCCUCGCCCUCAAACAAUAGCAGUUUGUUGCGAUUCAGAAGCUCAAAUAGCUUGCGCUGGGAUUUCGUUUUCUGUAUCUGGAGUCCAUCAAUUACAAAGACAUACCGCCAUAAUGGCUCUCAGCAGAGUCGCAAUGGGCUUUCUAGGCCUGUUCUUCACAGCAGGAGCUCUUGUACUCAUGUUCCUCACAUUUUUGGGAGGGGCGAGGAACUCGCGCCCGCUGAACGAAAUCUACUUCUUGCAAGUUGAUACGAGUAAUAUUCCAGGGGCGCCAUCCCUGUCUCGUUGGACUUAUUGGGAGUUGUGUGCUGUUGUAAAUGGGAAAAGCGAUUGCGGAUCGUCUCACCCCGAUUAUCCAUUCGAUCCCCCAAGCGAACACAACUUUGACACCACUGUCAACAUUCCCUCUGCUUUCGUUGGAACGAACCACUACUAUCUAACGUCUCGGUUCUCGUUCCCUUUCCACCUUCUCGCCCUCUUCUUUGGCGUGUUGUCGCUCUUCACCGGAUUCCUAGCCAUGUGCACGCGCAUCGGAGGCUAUGUGUCCUCACUGCUUGCUUGGAUUGCCCUGGUAUUCCAAAUCAUCACGACCUGUCUUAUGACUGCUGUCUACGUUCAGGGUCGCAACAAAUUCAACGCCAACGGCCAGUCGGCCAAACUCGGUGUUAAGGCUUUCGCCUUCAUGUGGACGGCUGUGGCUUGUCUCUUACUGUCUUGCAUCUUCUACUGCAUAGGUGGUGCUGUUGGUCGAAAGGAAAGAGGAUACAGCGGCCGGGAGCAUCGUCGGCGUGGUUUCUUCUCAAGCGCGCGUUCAGCCAGUGUGAGAAGCAACAAGGAAACUGCGCCCUAAAUCUGGCACGACCCUUUUUUCCACCAUUGAUCUGAAAAUGAAUAUGCUGAACUAGGGUAUCUCAAUGCCUAUUAUAGUGCAACAAUCGGCUACAUGUUUGCCCAUGAACUACGAACCAGAACAUGGGAUGUAUCUCUGAGGGAGGUAUCUGAUCUUUUCGAUGACCUUCCAGCGUUGGAGUUUGAGAUCUCACUUUAUACCCUCCCUUGUGACUAAGUAAGGUCACGUCAAGAACUAUUAAUGUGUCCUCGUUAAUGAAUCUGUCUGUCUGUGUGCUCGGCCAAUGAUUUCAUGUAUCAUACUGUCUCUUGCUACUUGACAUCUCUUCAACCUUAAUUAUAAUACGACCUGCCUGAAAAAUUAUACCUUGUAUCUCAAAUA